UUAUUAAACGCAGUUUCCGCGUGCAGAUUUUCUCACUCAUUUAUCGCCCUGUUUUUGUGCUCGUGCAAAACACACACACACACACACACACACACACACACACACACAAUCACAAAAAAAUAACAUCGUUGUUGGAAGCGCGCGGACUUCAGAACUAGGAGAGUGGGGAAGUGAAGAAGAUUUUUAAAAUAAUAAUAAUAAGAAGAAGUAGAAGAAGAAGAAGAAGAAGAUCCGAGCAGCGCGCGGCGCCAACCAACCAAUGCUGCGGCCACAUCCUGGGAGCUCGAGCACGCACGCGCUGUCCCGCCGCCGAGGUGCUGAAACGCACGCGUCGAGUCUUCCCCGCGUGACGUAGUGGUAAAUGUUGAGGAGCCUGUCACCAUGUUGCCCAAAUCCAGAAGAGCUCUCACGAUUCAGGAGAUUGCAGCACUUGCCAGAUCCUCACUUCACGGUAUCUCUCAGGUGGUGAAGGAUCAUGUGACGAAGCCGACGGCGAUGGCUCAGGGACGCGUUGCUCACCUGAUCGAGUGGAAAGGAUGGUGCAAACCCACGGAUGCUCCCAACGCCCUCGAGUCCGACUUCAACUCCUACUCAGAUCUGUCUGAGGGCGAGCAGGAGGCCCGCUUUGCCGCGGGCGUGGCGGAACAGUUUGCCAUCGCCGAGGCAAAACUUCGCGCCUGGUCUUCAGUCGACGGAGACGAAUCGAACGAUGAUUCAUACGACGAGGACUUUCUGUCUGCUAAUGAGCCCACCACACAGAGUACAGAUCUCUCUUUGUACCCUCAUUACUUGCGCGACCUCAUACACACUCGAGUCUGCGAGGCUCGGCUGCGUGAGGCUGAAAGCGGAGUCGCCGUCGACCUUUCACCUCCGGCGGGGUUACCAGGGUCACCGACGGACACACUGGGGUCCAGCUCGUGCAGCCUGGAUGAGACACACCCACUUCUGCGUGACCUCAGUCGCUGUGGGGACGACCUCACCGCUAAGAUCCUGAGUGCUCUGCACGGCAAGGAUGACCUCCUACUUUUGGCACGCCUACAACGGGCGGGGCAAAGGCGGGGCCAUUCGUUCUCUGAGACCUUUGAAGACGACGACGCACCUUGCAAAGACUGCAGGGGCGGAGCUUGGUGCACGGCGGAAUAUUCCACACGGAGAAAAGUUUCAGACGUCGCUUCAUCCGGCGUGGUGUCGCUCGAUGAGGAAGAUGAAGAAGAAGCGGACGAAGACGCAGAGGAAGAGGAGGAGGAAAGAGAGCAGUGAGCGUCCGCCGUUCUAUUUUAAUCAGUUUCUGUUUGGAAUGUUUGAUUCGGCAUGUUUGUUUUAGACUCCGCCCCUUGCAUUUGCAUACACACAGUUGUCCGGUGUGGACUGUUUUUUUUUUUUGUUUUUUUUAACAGCGUCCCAACAAUCUUUUUUGCAGCACGGUGGCGAGGAAGAUGUUGAACUUGAACCGGAGGUCACGUCUCUAAAAACAUUUACAAGAAAAAGACGUUAAAACGAAGAAAAGUGACCAAAUGUCGUAAGACAAAAACGAAGGAGGAACGAAAGACUGAAAACGCUCUUCUGCAUGUGUCGCAAGUUGAAUGCUCGAACGCUCGGAUCCGCACCGUCCAGUCUCUUUUUUGCACGGUUUUGUGAUUUUUGGCUGUCCUGUUUAGCUCCGCCCCUUUUCUCGAGAUCUCAGGCCCCAUUGCAUUCUGGGUCCUGGUUUGCUCAUCCUGUGGGCAUGGCUGCUUGCUACACAAACUCUUAACGUAAUCUGCCAAACUGACCGUCGUCACAGUCAGCGCCGAGAAAAUGCUGGAAUGUUGAAUGUUUGUACCGUGACGGGAAAAUGUAUUUGAAAACCAAGCAUAAAAAAAAAAGAGUGAUUUUUUUUUUUCUUCUCGGACUUGUUUUGUACUCACUCGUUAUUAUUAUUAUUAUUAUUAUUAUUAUUAUUAUUAUCAUCAUAGAAUCACAGUAUUUUUGGUUUGGUUUGUAUUUUUGUCUUAAAAAUCGACAUGUGAAGUGAAGAACAGAAAGUGUCGUAUCCGCCCGAGGAUUUGUGUCGAGGACGUUUCAGGGUUUGUGGGAAAGACGUUCUAUUUUUGUACGUGAUUUUCCGCGGCGUGUCUGCGAGUCCGUGGGUGUGUGAGGAACACUCCUCUCUUUGUGGCAGGAAGAAAAAAAAAAGCCUCAACACGUUUCUUUAAUUGUCUCCUUCUGCUUUAUUUCUUUGGAGAGGAACGAUGUGACCGUGCUCGACAUGUCCUCUAGUCUCGUUGAGACAGUAGCUAUGUUCACAUGGACAGCAAUGAUCUAAAUUAUUCACCUUAUUCUGAAUAAGACGAUAUUCCGAUGUAAACGUUUAGUCGGAUUAAGAACUUCUGUCUGGUGCCGUUGUAAUGAAUAUCAGAUGAAGGACCAGGGGAGACCUCAACAGAAUACUCCACACGUCUUAAUUCCAUCUGUGUUUACUUCGAGUGUGACUUUAAUCAGAUUAAGGUCAUCAAUAAUCUCUGUUUACAUGCUAGUUUCUUAAUCAGAGUAUCGUCUUAAUCGGGUUAACAUCGGAUUAUUGUCGUCCAUGUAAACGUACUGAUUGAGAAAUGUCUCAUUUUUCUUUUUAUCCUAUAUAAAUGUCAAGUACACUCUCUCUCUCUCACACACACACACACACACACACUCAUUCAGUGACAGAUUUUGUUUGCUGACGGUCGUUCAUGGCUAUCCACGGUUCCCUCAGACUACGUUAUCAGGGCCGUCAGUCUGUCUGUUUGUGAAAUCUGAUUGGCUCGGAGGGAUAGGUUCACCUGUCGCUUUAAAAAUGACAGGCGAGUGUGUACGCAUGUUGGACACUAACCCCACCUGUGUGUGUGUGUGUGUGUGUGUGUGUGUGUGUGUGUGUGGCUGUCUUUGUAACUAUCUACUAGAACACACUGUCACUCAUAGGUCUCAGAUUUCUCCAGGAAUUCAGUAUAGGGAGAAUACAGAUAUUCCAGCAUCUUCUGCACCGGCAUUCAAACUAUUUUUGUCUUUCUUUUUUGCUUUUGUUCUUUCGGACGUACCCGGAUUACCUUUCUUGUUCGACGAAUCAUAAAAUAGAAAUGUUACUUUAUACAACCCCUGGCAAAAAUGAUGGACUCACCACACGUCGAGGAUGUUCACCUGGCAUUUUUUGCUGUGUAGCAAAUAAACAACUCACAGAUAUGACCAGAAAAAAUCCCUUUUUGUUUAAUAGCUGAACAUUCUGGCUUUGUGAAACAUACCUCAAACAAUUCAAUGAAAUUAUUUUAAUUCAUGGCCUAUUUGUCUGCCAGAUCAAGUAGAGGAAAAAAUGAUGGGAUCAUCAACAAAAAAAAUCACAAUCAGUACUUUGUUGCUCUUCCUCGAGCUUUGAUGACGGCCGGAAUUCUUUGAGGCGUGAACGUCACUAAUGAAAUUGAUGGAAAUGAUGGAAUCGUCUUGUAAUUUCGCAUUCCUAAAACAAAUACCAGCACAAGUCUGACGGUGCAAAUGAGUCUGCAGGAAAAAAGAGCGCUUCCAGACGUUAACCUCGGACUUUUUGAAAGGAAACGUGGCCCCAAUAAGAGAACCAAUGGAAAGGAUUCUAAAACUCCUUCAAGAAGGAAAUCCAACACGGAGUGUAGUAAACGAUGUCGGUUGUUCCCAGUCAGUAUAAACAAAAUGGGAAGGUUAUGAAAGGAAAGCGUACGGGUCGACCGAGGAAGACGGCAAACGUCAGGAUAGAAAACUCGAAGCCUUGAAAAUAGAAAAUUCACAACAAAACGAAUUUGAAAAAAUGUGCCAGAAGGAGGAGUCGGUGUUUGUGACAGAAGUGUACGAAAUCGGCUGAAUGAAGCGGCUUUACGUAGAAAAGGCGAGCGAAAACCAGCACUGACACCUAAACAGAAGAAAACAAGGUUACAGUGGGAUAAGGAGAAGAGAUCAUGGAGUGUGGAGGAUUGGAUGAAAGUGAUGCUCAGUGAUGAAUCAGUGAUGAAUCAGUGAUGAAUCAGUGAUGAAUCUGCACUGGCCACGGAGAUGAUGUGGAACUUCCGUCUGGUGCGGUUCGAAUGAAACAUAUAAAGAUGACUGUCUGAGGAAAACAAGAUUCCCCACUCAUGUACGAUAUGGGGCGACAUGUCAGGUAAAAUAGUCCAUGCACGUGCAGGUGUACACUGAAAUUAGGCUUGGUGACGAUGUAGUCAUUUUUCAGGAUGAUGAUGUGUCUGACCAGAGAAUAAAGAGUGUUGAAGUUCUUCUUCAGGAAAGGCAGAUCAACUCAGUGACCUGGAGAGCAAACAGUCCGGACCUCAAUCCCACUGAACGUUUAUGGUGGAAACUGAAAAGAUUCCUCCGUGACAAGGCUCCAUCCUGCAGCGCUGAUCUGUCAACUGCUGUUCUACAAGUUUGGACCAGGUUGAUGGAGAAUAUUGUUUUUCAUUAGUGAAGUUCACGCCUCAGAGAACUCCGGCCGUCAUUUUGUUGAUGAUUCCAUAAUUAUUUAACUACUUGAUCUGGAAAAAAUAUGCCAUUAAUUAAAACAAUUGAACUUGUUUGAGGUAUGUUUCAGGAAGCCAGAAUGUUCAGCUAUUAAACAGAAAUAGUUCUGGGUCAUAUGCGGGAUUUAUUUAUCUUCUACGGGGUAAAAAACCCUGUGAGCAUCCUCGAGGUGUGGGGAUUCCAUCAUUCCUUCCAGGUGUUGUAGACUUUUCCCUCAUUCAAAAACAAUGUGGGGGUGUACAAACUUUUGCACCCAACACUCUUCUACAGUACUGAGACAGUUGUUUGGAGUGCAGUUGUGUUCACACUCACUACUGUAAUACUGUGAACAUGUAUUUAGCUCUUUGUGGGGACUGAAUUAUGAAAAACAUGAAGUAGGAUGUUUUUGACAGUGCUUAGUCCCCAUAAAAUAAAGUGUUGUUAUAAGAUACACACUCCUGUGUGUGUGUGUGUGUGUGUGUGUGUGUGUGUGUGUGUGUGUGUGUGUGUGUGUGUGUGUGUGUUGGGUAUCGCGCAGGGCUUUUUGGCACCUCAGGGGAUUUUACCGCAUCGUGCCUUUAUUGCCAAGGGUGCCAUCGACUUUACGUCAACUCUGUCAACCAUUUAUACGAUAAUGUUGGUGAAUAUUAUAUUCCCUUUUUUUUCUUUUUCUUUUUUUUUUUAAAGCCUUUCUCUGCAUCUAUCUCUCGCUCCCCCUUUUUCUAUCACUCUGUUCUAUUUAAAAGUCUAUGUACAGCUCUCUCUCUCUCUCUGGUUAUGUUUCUCUCUCUGUCAGUCUGUCUAUUUGUUUCUCUCUCCUUCAUUCUCUCUCUUUGAUGAUCUGUCUGGUUCUCUCCUUUCUCUCUCUCUCUCUCUCUCUCUCUCUCUCUUUGUUAAUCUCUCCUUCAGUGUCUCUCUCUGUCUUUCUCUACCUCUGUCUUUGUUUUUGUUUCUCUCUCUCUCUCUCUCUCUUUUCACCUUAUCAGAAUUUGAUUUCUGUCUGUCUCGGUUUCUCUUUUGUUCAAUCUCUCUCCCAGUCAUGCCCUCUUUCUCUGUCUCUCUCUCUCUCUCUCUCUCUCUCUCUCUCUCUCUCUCUCUUUUCACCUUAUCAGAAUUGGACAGUUUUGUGGGCGGGGCUUCACCACAUCACCCAGCUAUUCUGUGAUUGGUGGUCUGUGCUGCCUGUCAAAGUAAUUGACUCGUUUUUUUGGCAGUUACACCAUGUCACAAGUGGCCUCCUUACACACAACUGGGUCAACAUUGAACGUGUGUGUGUGUGUGUGUGUGUGUGUGUGUGAUGGUGGAGUUGUGUCCAAAAUGUCCAUCCAGUGUGAUAGAACAAGGAAAAAUAGAAAGUAACGUCUCAACACACAUCAGUCUUAACUGUUCACACACACUUUUAAUUAGAUGUCCUGUGAUCCUCUAAGGUCACACACACACACACACACACACACACACACACAGACCAACACAGACACGUACACGAUGAAAGAAGUACAAAUCUACAACUGGAUUCUGACAAAAAUGAUGACUAACAGACUCUCACACUAGUUAGUUUCUUUUUCUAUUCUUCUUUAUUUAAUUGUUUUUAUUUUUCAUGAAAUGAAGUAUUUGAAUGCUGGUUGUUUUGAAAUAUAAUGACUUUCUGCAUCUGCCUUGUUUUGAACUUAAUCAAUAAAAUGAUCAAUGUUAUU